AUGGCGGUGCAAAUUUCCAAGAAGAGGAAGUUUGUCGCUGAUGGCAUCUUCAAAGCUGAACUGAACGAGUUUCUCACUCGGGAGCUGGCUGAAGAUGGGUACUCUGGAGUUGAGGUCCAAGUUACACCAACCAGGACAGAAAUCAUUACCUUGGCCACCAGGACACAGAAUGUACUUGGUGAGACGGGCCGGCGGAUCCGGGAGUUGAGUGCUGUAGCUCAGAAGAGAUUUGGCUUCCCUGAAGGCAGUGUAGAGCUUUAUGCUGAAAAGAUAGCCACAAGAGGACUGGGUGCCAUUGCCCAGGCAGAAUCUCUGUGCUACAAGCUCCUAAGAGGCCUUGCUGUCUGGAGGGCCUGCCAUGGUGUGCUGCGGUUCAUCAUGGAGAGUGGGGCCAAAGGCUGUGAGGUCAAGGGUGUGCUGGACAUCAAGGUAAAGAUCAUGCUGCUUUGGGACCCAACUGGUAAGAUUGGCCCUAAGAAGCCUCUGCCUGAUUACGUGAGCACUGUGGAACCCAAAGACGAAAUACUGCCCACCACCCCCAUCUCUGAACAGAAGGGUGGGCAGCCAGAGCCGCCUGCCAUGCCCCAGCCUGUACCCACAGCAUAA